AUGGCGAGAAAAGUGUCUAAACAUUCAAGAGCUGCUCGAAGGUUAGAAGCCGAAGAGCCUGAGGCGCAGACCCUGGCGCAGCUUCCCAGGGCAGAAAACGCUGAUCUCGCAAACAAGAUCAUUAGAACCGCUUCAAAGAAUGAGAAAUUGCUGGAAGACAAACUUCGAAAGAAGGAGAGGACUCAAAAGAAGGUCGGCAAAGCGCAAAAGCUAGGAAGCUCUGUGAGACACAUUGAUAAAGAGCGUCUGGAAAAAGCUUUGAAGUUCACGAACCGACUUGACGGCAAAGUGCAUAAAGCGGAGACCAGAGCAAAAUAUGUUCAAAGGGCCCGUAAAGCAGGCUGGGAUAAGACGAAUGAGGAAAUAAAGAGUGGACUUUCUGCGCUUCGUGGGAACCCAAAGGAAGAUAAGAAAACCAAUUCAACGAGCGGGUCAAUCGAUAUGGAGACCGAGGAUAUUUCGGAUGGCAUAGAUGAGGCGGAAGUCGGAAGGGCAAAUAACAGUAUUAAAAAUGCAUUUGAACUGCUACCCGAUGACACGGAGGCAUAG